AUGGCCAACCAACUCGUCUGGCUCAUCACCGGCUGUUCAUCUGGCCUCGGGGAGGCUGUUGCCUAUGCCAUUCUUGCCAAGGGCGACAAAGUCGUCGCGACGGCUCGGCCUCGCGACGGUGUCAGCGGUAGGGAACGUCUCGCUGCCCUUGAGGCUGCGGGUGCUGCAGUCGUCGAGCUCGAUGUGACCGAGUCGCAGGAGAGCCUGGAUGCCAAAGCGAAGCAGAUCUGGGAUAUAUACGGUCACAUCGAUGUCCUGCUCAACAACGCGGGGUUCAUUGAUGCCGGCAUAUUUGAAGAAAUCAAUGAGCAAGUUCUCGUCAACUCCCUCCGGAACAAUGUUCUCGGUCCACUGAAUCUCACCCGGUCGUUUCUACCGUCCAUGCGCGCCCGGCAGACGGGUACGGUGCUGUUCAUGUCGUCCGUGGGCGCCUACUACGGCGCCCCGGGGGCAUCGAACUACUCAGCAUCCAAGGGCCUGCUGGAAGGGAUUGUGCCGAACAUGGCCGCCGAGCUUGCGCCGUUUGGUAUCCGAUUCUGCCUGCUGACGCCAGGCUACUUCCGUACCAAGGUCAUGACGCCGGGAAAUAUCCACUACUUCAGUGGCCCGAACCAGCGCUCGGAGUACAAGGAGAUGAACAAGUUAGUCCAGGACCACUGCAAUGCCGCGGACAGCAAGCAGCCGGGGGAUCCCCACAAGGCGGCAGUGCUCAUCGUCGAUGCGGUCCGCGCAGAGGGCCGUUGUGCAGGCAAGACCCUGCCUCUGCGACUCCCAAUAGGCCCGGAUGGGUUCAAGGCCGUCAAGGACAACUGCGCUGAAAAGAUGGCCAUCUGCGAGGAAUGGGGGGAGAUCAUGGCAGACACGGAUCUUAGCUAG